CCCAGUUUCUGCUCGACACUUUUUUUCUCAGAUCGAUCACAGAUCUUAACAAACCUCUUUUUGUUUUGGAGAGCUGAGCCACUUUGGGCUUGCAUCUGGCUCAACCGGCGCGUCUCGGAUUUUACCCACAUACCAGAAAUAACAACCAGCACCUCUGCAGAUUUUAAAGAGUACCGAGUAGUGUGAAAGAACUGCGGGACUGCAGGCGAAGGUCCUGGAGAGUUCUGAGGUCGUGUUGCUGGCACUGAGGCGCACAGAUGGUGUUUCUGUGGGAUGCAAAAUACGAUCCAGCCCCUGGUAGGCGAUACACUCCCCCCUCCACUUCCCUUGCCUCGGGGGGGAAAAUGGCUGAGGCUUUGCCUCUAGGAGCCCAGGAGGCUGGUGGAGGGGCCACCGUGAUGGGCAAGUUCCGCAUAGCGGACCACAGCAUGGCUGAAGUGAUUUCUGAUCAUCCAGGAGAGCUGGUAAAAACUGACAGCCCAAAUUUCCUCUGUUCUGUCCUGCCCACUCACUGGAGGUGUAACAAGACUCUUCCCAUUGCUUUUAAGUUAGUGACCCUGGGUGAUAUUCCUGAUGGUACUUUGGUAACUGUGAUGGCUGGAAACGAUGAGAACUAUUCAGCAGAGCUUCGCAAUGCCACCGCGGUCAUCAAGAAUCAAGUGGCCCGAUUCAAUGACCUGCGAUUUGUCGGCCGCAGCGGGAGAGGAAAAAGUUUCACUCUCACGAUCACGGUGUUCACCAACCCUCCCCAAGUGGCUACAUAUCAAAGAGCUAUCAAAAUCACAGUGGAUGGUCCCAGAGAGCCACGACGUCAUCGUCAGAAGCUGGACGAGGUCAAACCUGGCUCAUUGGCUUUCUCUGAGAGGCUUACAGAGCUGGAACAGCUGAGAAGGAGCUCUAUCAGAGUAACACCUCCUCAUAAUCAUCAUCAUCAUCAGCAAUCUGCAAAUAGCCACCAAUCUGCAGUCCUCACUUCAGCAACAUUUUCUAGCCCUCCACACUCUGGACUAACAGCUGAUUCCAGACAGAUACAGUCUUCUCCAUCCUGGUCCUAUGAUCAGUCUUAUCCCUACCUUGGCCAGAUAACUACUCCCACUGUUCACACAACUGCUCCACUUUCACCUGGUCGCUCUUCUCUUGGUGACCUGUCCUCAAGACUCACAGGUCCUGACCUUACAGCCUUUGGUGACCCCAGGAUGGCUUUGGAGCGGCCUUUUAGCUCCCUUCCCUCCCUGCCCGACUCUCGUUUCUCUAACCCUCGGGUGCACUAUCCUCCUACAGGAGCUGCAUUCACAUACACGCCAACCCAUAAUCCAGUCUCUAAUGGUGCCAUCAGCAUCACUAUGGCGACAGCCAUGGCAACCACCCAAACAGGACGGUACCAUACAUAUUUGCCUCCACCGUAUCCUGCAAACACCCCUCACCAAGCUCAGAAUGGGCCGUUCCAGUCUACUUCAUCUCCAUACCACCUGUACUACUCAGCCACCACCGGCUCAUACCAGUUCUCUAUGAUGGCUGGGGGAGGAGGCGGCAGUGACUCACAUUCUCCACCUCGUAUCCUCCCCCCUUGUACCACUGCAUCCACAGGUUCUUCUCUUCUACACCCUUCUUUGCCUAAUCAGAAUGAGGGAGUGGGUGUGGAGGUGGAAUCCAGCCACAGUAGCUCACCAACAAACAUGGUUGCUGCUGAAGCUGUAUGGAGACCAUAUUGAGUCACCUGAGACAGUGAUAACAGAUUUUUCUACUCUUAUCACAGCAAUGCUGCUAAGAGUAGACUCACCUGAAAUGAGUAUAUUUUAUAUAAUGACAACUCAAGGACUAUGCGAGUCUUAUCUUUACAUCAUUUAAGUUGUUUGACAGUGGCGGUUCUAGACUAGAUUUACCGGCAGGGGGUGGAGCAGUUCUUUUUCAAAACAAUACAAAAAAAAAACAGGGCAAUAUUUCAUAAGUUAAGUAAGCCACAGAGCCAUUUGGUUCUGUGGAUCAAGGGAUCAAGCUGAUGAAAUGAAAUAACAGAUGAAAACUGUUAUUCUAUCUCAAUGCAGCUGAAACUAAAAGAGCAACACUGUAAAGCCGCAGUAUGAAAUUUUUAUUAAAAAAAAUUUUUUUAACAUAUUUGUUGAAGCUGUCACUGUCGUGGUAUGAGGCAGAGAAUCAGUGAAAAAAAAUCUAGCUCCUCUGCCUUCUCCCCGUGCUAACUAGAACAACCAAUCAGAGCCCGGAGGUGGGGGUUAGCGCUGUCAUUCACAGUGUCCUGUGGUGCUGCCAGCUUUUGCCAACAGAUUCUGUUGCGAGUGCUCAGGCUAGUUAGCAUAGCAGCGGCUAAAAUCGUUUUUCUGUAACAGUAAAUUGUUUCUCCGC